GACGAACGCACGUUGUGGAGCUUUUUGGCGCGCAAAACGGGAAAAGGAGAACGAUCGUGUGGGAGAUUUCUCACUGUGGACUGGGACAGAUCCACUACUGCAGGGAAAACAGCGGACGGCUUCGGACAGCGGUGACAGCAGUGAGAGUGUGUGUGCAUGCAUCCGUGCGCAUGUUUCGAGGGAAGACUGAGCUGUGCUGUGCUUCUCAAACGCUCAUUCUCUCACUCUCAGAUGAUGAAGGCUCUCGAUCGCAUAUGAUGGAGCUUGACUGAGAAGAGGGUCUCACUCUCACCCGUGCGCUCUUAGGCGGGCAGAGCUCAGGAGCUCUCGGCAGCGUGGUGGAGGCACACGCACACUUCACGCUUGCUUCUGAACUGUGACCGAUGACUGGACCAACGAGCCAGGUUCCGUGUGCCCCUUGUGCUCCAGUGAGCAUAAAUACGGGCAGGUGAAGGACCAUCACCUUCGACCCCAGAGACCUCUGGAGAUGUUCCUCCUCUCUCCUGUGAGACUCACUUUGUUUCUGCUGGUCUUCCUGGACGUUCCCCAUCCAUCCCUUCAGGGCAGGAAUAAGGGCAGAUGGAACAAGGGGGGAUCCCGUCUACGGCAGGAAGAUUCUCCACCUCGGAUCGUAGAACACCCCUCCGAUCUAAUUGUAUCCAAGGGCGAGCCAGCCACCCUAAACUGCAAGGCAGAGGGGCGGCCCACCCCUACUGUGGAGUGGUACAAAGAUGGAGAACGAGUUGAAACCGAUAAAGAUGACCCUCGAUCCCACCGCAUGCUCCUUCCCAGCGGCUCGCUCUUCUUCCUGCGUAUCGUACAUGGCCGUCGAAGCAAACCUGAUGAGGGGGCGUAUGUUUGUGUGGCACGCAACUACUUGGGGGAAGCAGUCAGUCGAAACGCCUCACUGGAAGUAGCAUUGUUACGUGAUGAUUUCAGACAGAACCCUACGGAUGUGGUGGUGGCUGCUGGAGAGCCGGCCAUCUUGGAGUGCGUUCCCCCUCGUGGACACCCGGAGCCUACCAUCUACUGGAAGAAAGACAAAGUACGAAUCGAUGAGAAGGAUGACAGGAUCAAGAUCCGUGGAGGGAAGCUGAUGAUCUCCAACACGAGGAAGAGCGACGCUGGCAUAUACAUCUGCGUGGGCACCAAUAUGGUCGGUGAGAGAGACAGUGAGACGGCCCAGGUCACUGUGUUCGAGAGGCCCACAUUCCUACGACGGCCCAUUAACCAGGUGGUUCUGGAGGAGGAGGCGGUGGAGUUUCGCUGUCAGGUGCAGGGAGACCCGCAGCCUACCGUCCGCUGGAAAAAAGAUGAAAUUGAUGUCCCCCGUGGGAGGUAUGAUAUUAAAUAUGAUAAAGAUGACUAUGUGCUGAGGAUAAAGAAGGCAGCAGCGAGCGAUGAAGGAACCUUCACCUGUGUAGCUGAGAACAGAGUUGGAAAAACGGAGGCGUCCACCACCCUCACGGUCAGAGCCGCACCGCAGUUCGUGAUCAGGCCGCGGGAUCAGAUUGUAGCGCAGGGACGGACCGCCAGUUUCCCCUGUGAGACCAAAGGGAACCCACAGCCAGCAGUCUUCUGGCAGAAAGAAGGAAGUCAGAACCUCCUGUUUCCAAAUCAACCGCAGCAGCCCAACAGUCGUUUCUCGGUGUCGCCCAGUGGAGAUCUGACCAUCACAGUGGUCCAGCGGGCAGAUGCGGGAUAUUAUAUCUGCCAGGCCCUGACGGUGGCGGGCAGCAUCCUGGCCAAAGCACAGCUUGAGGUCACAGACGUGUUGACUGAUCGUCCUCCCCCCAUCAUCCGGCAGGGUCCAGCUAACCAGACUUUGGGUGUAGACAGUGUGGCUCUUCUGAGGUGCCAUGCGUCUGGAGAACCGGUCCCAACCAUCAGCUGGCUGAAGGAUGGGGUCAGUCUGCUGGGCAAAGACCCUCGUAUGUCCCUGCAGGACCUCGGCAGCCUGCAGAUCAAGGGUUUGCGGCUCUCUGAUUCUGGUAUCUAUACUUGUGUGGCAGCAAGUUCUAGUGGGGAAACAUCUUGGAGUGCUUUCUUGGAAGUCAAAGAGUCUGGAAGUCUUGUUAUAGUUAAAGACCGGGAUGAGAACGAGCUCCCAGGUCCUCCUUCCAAACCUCAGGUCACCGACGUCACUAAAAACAGUGUGUCGUUGUCCUGGCAGCCUGGCCUUCCUGGAGUAUCACCCAUCUCAUCAUAUGUUAUUGAGGCUUUCAGCCAAUCAGUGAGCAACAGCUGGCAGACUGUGGCCGAUCAUGUCAAGACCACUCAGUACACUAUCAAGGGUCUUCGCCCCAACACCAUCUACUUGUUCAUGGUGCGAGCAGUCAACGUCCAAGGCCUGAGUGACCCGAGCCCCAUGUCCGAACCCGUCCGCACUCAAGAUAUAAGUCCUCCAGCUCAGGGAGUGGAUCACAGACACGUGCAGAAGGAGUUGGGUGAGGUUAUUGUGCGGCUACACAACCCUGUGGUCCUCAGCCCCACCACCAUACAGGUCACAUGGACGGUUGACCGGCAGUCUCAGUUCAUCCAGGGCUACAGGGUUUUGUACAGGCAGAUGUCAGGGCUGUCCUCCCCAGGAGUGUGGCAGAGUCAGGAUGUGAAGGUCCCCUCUGAGAGGAGCAUGGUGCUCUCGGCUCUGAAGAAAGGCAUCGUCUACGAGAUCAAAGUCCGUCCGUACUUCAACGAGUUUCAGGGCAUGGACAGCGAGUCCCGAACGGCAAGAACAACAGAGGAAGCACCCAGUGCUCCUCCUCAGCAGGUGACGGUCCUCACGGUGGGCAAUCAGAACAGUACAUCCAUCAGUAUCUCCUGGGACCCUCCUCCUGCAGAACAUCAGAACGGCAUCAUCCAGGAAUAUAAGAUCUGGUGUUUAGGGAAUGAGACCCGUUUCCAUGUAAAUAAGACAGUGGACGCAGCCAUCCGCUCAGUGGUGGUGGGGGGUCUCCAGGCGGGGGUCCAGUACCGGGUGGAGGUGGCCGCCAGCACCAGCGCAGGGGUGGGGGUGAAGAGCGAACCACAAACCAUCAUUAUUGGUAAAGACUUCCGGGAUGUGAUCAUGAGCAGGAACAACAGCAUCACAGAGCAGAUCACGGAUGUGGUGAAGCAGCCGGCCUUCAUCGCGGGCAUCGGAGGGGCCUGCUGGGUCAUUCUGAUGGGCUUCAGCAUCUGGCUCUACUGGAGGAGAAAGAAGAGAAAGGGUCUCAGCAAUUACGCAGUUCAGUCGUUCACCUUCACCCCUGCAGUGACGUUCCAGCGUGUUGAUGGAGGCUUGAUGAGCAACGGGAGUCGUCCUGGUCUGCUGAAUGCCAGUGAUUCGGGAUACCCCUGGCUCGCUGACUCCUGGCCGGCCACCAGUCUGCCUGUUAACAGCGGUUCUGGAGGACCCAACGACCUCAACAACUUCGGCCGUGGAGACGUGAUGCCCAGUGCCCAGGCCGAUAAGACGGGCACCAUGCUUUCAGACGGAGCCAUUUACAGCAGCAUUGACUUCACCACCAAAGGUGGAUUCGGCAGUCCAAGCUCCGCCUCCCAGGCCACGCCCUACGCCACCACCCAGAUCCUCCAUUCCAACAGCAUUCAUGAGCUGGCCGUCGAUCUGCCCGAGGCCCAGUGGAAGACCUCCCUACAGGCCAAGCAGGAAAUGGCCAACCUGGGCUACUCACUGCCAGACAAGAACUCCUGCAACAACACACUCCUUUUCAUUCCUGACUACCGAUUGGCUGACGGAUUGUCUAAUAGAAUGCCACACAACCAAUCACAGGAUUUCAGCACCACCAGCUCCCACAACAGCACAGAUCGGAGCAACAGUCUGUCAGGUGGGAAAGGUGGAAAGAAGAAGAAGACCAAAGCAAACGCCAAGCCCACCAAGAUGAAUGGCUCCAACUGGGCUAAUGUUCCACUCCCUCCCCCUCCUGUCCACCCUCUUCCAGGCACAGAGAUGGACUACUAUGCCUCAGAGCACCAUGACGGAGGAGGAUAUGAUAGUGAUGGUUGGGGCCCACCCUUGCCAGUGCAGACAUACCUCCAUCAGGGUUUAGAGGAUGAGCUGGAGGAAGAGGAAGAACGGGUGCCCACUCCUCCCAUAAGGGGCGUGGCCUCCUCCCCUGCAGCGGUUUCCUUUGGCAAACAGUCCACAGCCACACUGAGCCCAUCCCCACGUGAAGAAAUACAGCCCAUGCUCCAAGCCCACCUAGAUGAGCUAACCCGCGCUUACCAGUUGGACAUGGCUAAACAGACUUGGCACAUGCAGGGUGGGCCUUACGCGCCCCAGGCCCCCACGCCGCCUGUGGGUUACAUCUCCAGCACCCUAGUGUCCGAUAUUGAAACAGACCUCCCUGACGAAGACGACGAUGAGGAGGAGGACGAAGGAUAUGAGAUGUCGCCACCAAUUAGGGGCAUCGAACACACGCCAGGCUCCAGCAUGGACAACCUAGACAGCUCUGUUACGGGCUCUAUGGUGAACGGUUGGGGCUCGGCUUCAGAAGAUGAUGACAGAAACUUCUCCAGCAGAAGGUCUAGUGCCGGCAGCUCCUCUGACGGCUCACUCUUCACCCAGUGCAGCUUUGCACGAGCCCUGGUGGCGGCCGCAGACAAGGCUGGUUACCGUCUGGACGGCACAAGUUUGAGCAAGAGAGAUAAAGGUCUACCUCAUAGACCUCGUCCCGCUAGCCCAUUCUCCACAGAUGGAAGCAUGGUGGGCACACACAGCCUGGGUCACCAGCGGGCAGCAAGGCCCACCCGCAAACACAAAGGCCCUGGCACUGCCCCGCACCGCCAUGAUGCCAGCGCUGAUGAUCUGCCUCCACCACCAGAGCCUCCACCCUGCCAGACAGCUCGUGUCCAGGGGGCGAGGAAUGUGCCCAACCCCUCUGACCGCAAGGCUUGCUCCUUGGAGAGGCAACCCAUGAUGGGCCUAGAGGAGAUGAAGAGUUCCUUGGACCGGCAGGUCCGAACCUCACUGGAGCGCCACCAACAAGCCCAGGAUAGACUGGGAUCCAUAGAUAGAGGAGAAGAGAGCAGAAGAGGACAGAUAAAUGGUCCUGUUUCAGAAGAGGCCAUAUUGCCAUACAACAAACCAUCAUUCCCAUCUCCUGGGGGCCACAGCUCAUCUGGGACGGCCUCUUCUAAAGGGUCAACGGGUUCUCGUAAAGGUGAAGGGACGAGGGGACAGCACCAGCGCUCCACCACAGAGCAGGGCGAAAGCAGCUACAUGGGGACCAACACGCAGUACUCUGGAGAGUUAUAGUGAGCCUUUUUGAUGGAAACUGAAGAAUGCCUUUAUCUGUUCUGGAAAUGCCUCACCUGCUUGGUGCAAUGAACUCGUGAAGUGUUGGAAGGAAGAAGGGAAAAAAAGAAAAAAAUAUGAAAAGGACAAACUGUAAAUGUGAUGUAAAGAUGGACAUGCAACCCACAAGAUCCGCAACAUCCCUCACCUUCCUCCUUAAACUAUUCAUUCACAGAAAAAAGAAAAAUGUUGAGGACAAAAUAAAAAAAACAAUGGAAGGCCUGAGAUCUGAGUCGCCCAGCUUUGGUGAACUUGUGAAAAGGAAAUCAAGUUUCCUGUAAAUAUAUUCUUGACAUCGGAGAUGGAAAUUGACAUUAUUGUUAUUGCAUUGCUAUGCAACCCGAGUUCUGUUUCUGCGCUCUCCUCCCUCUUACGCUGUUGGUCGUUUGUACGAUAUGUGAAUUGAUGGGCUGUGGUGCCAUAGAAAUUAUGUUGUCAUCCAUCAUUUGUUAAUAUUUUUCAUGAAUUAAUUGUUGUCAUUAUUAUAAUUAAUUAUUUUCUUUUGCACUGCAAUUUUGGUGAUAAGCACAAAACCAUAGCUCCUGCUGACAUGAAGAAUUGGAGGAAAGGAAAUGUGAAGGGGAGUUUCUGUACUGUAACUAGAGAUAAGAAAAUAUAUAACCAUGUACAGAGAUAUAUUAAGAUAUGCCUGCAUCUAUGCCGGCGGUAAGACUUACAGUUCUGAUGAAAUGAGUUACGAACUUUCAGCAGUGGGGUUUCUGCGAGAGGAACCAGAUCCUCUCCGUGCUGGAAAUAGUCACAGAUGGGUUGGGAAACGGUUUGCAGGGAAAUUUAUCCUAAGUGGUUCUAUUUUCAACACAUCCAGCUGUCCCUACUAGGUAAUAUUACUCAGUCUAGUCCACUUGGUCCAACUGGAACAUAUUUAGGCCAGAUAUUUUAACUACAUUGGACUACAGGUACCAACUUUGCCUCUUCCCCUGCUCACUUUUUGCCGCUUGCUUUUGUUUUGCAUUUAGCAUUUAAUUUGAUCCAUCUGAGCAUAGCAAAAUUAAUAGACACCAGCUUGGCUAACGUUUGGAGGUGAAUAGUUCACUUUGGGCUUUUGAAUUUUUUGAUCUUGGCUCAAAAUUUGAUUACAAGCACUUGAAAAGUGAGUCAUUUAAAAGCCAUAUGAACAAGACUACAAUGCCCCUGCCUUCCCAUAAGGCUUCUGCCUUACUCUAGAGGUCUUGUAGAUAUCAGUUCCCGUGCUUGUCUUGAGAUUCUGCGCAUGUCUUAAAUCACGAGUGGAGAAUCAAUUCAGGUAACUUAAUUUAAAGUUUUCGUUGAGCACUUAAUGUAUCUUGUUUUUAUAUUUCUGACAAUGUCCCAAAGCCUUGUUUUCAAGUUCUACUUUACCUAUGCAGGGCACUGAAUCACUAGGAUUCAUAAAUCCACAUUCAUUGGUAUCUUGAUUCAGAUAUUCGUCCUGUAAUCACAUGCGGAAGUCUCAAAAUGACUAUCGAGCUAAAGCCAAUAACAUUAUGCAUUUGACUUUGCAAAAAUACGGCAAUAUCUCUCGCAUGAUCGCUAAGGCAUAGUGGUCGAAUGAUUUUUCCACGUCCUCGGUGUGUGCUGUAAAACGUCAGUCAGACCUCCAGAAAACAUUUCCACUGUCUUUGGCCACUACAUUACAAUACGUUUAUCGAACAGUCCAGUUGGUUCUUUUUGCUUGAUGAAAUUUUACAUAUAUAAAUAUAUUAUAAAAACAAAAUUUACAAAAGGCUGCUCAAAAAGGAUAUUUUUACUGUGGAAACUUCAGGAGUUACUGGUGAAAUUACUGUUUUCUUUCGUUAUUUCCGUCUUCGUUUUUGUACAACGUUACUGAGGAGAGCUCUCCCAAACCGGGCCGACGUCCCGUGUCUUUCUCUCGGAAUUCACA